AUGAAUAUCUCCUGUGUUUAUACCUAUCUGUUAAAUGUUAUCUUUUUGUCGCUUACUAUUGAGGGCAAAACUUAUAACUUCCUCACGUUAGAAUCUGAUGUUGAACAAAUUGAUUUUAUAAUUACUCACAUUGGUGUUUCUUUAAAAACUAUUUUCCCCAGUGUUCCAUUAGAUCGUCUAAUUAAAAAAAUUGAUGUUCUUCCACAUGAUCGUCUCAAUCUGAUGCAGGACAUGAUUAAAGAUAAAGAAAAAAAAGACCCUGGCCCUUGUGGUGGCUUUUCCAACAUGUACGCUUGUAUGUGUGACUAUCACCACUUACCUUACCGAGAUGAUGUUGCUUGGGAUGUUGAUACCAUCUACUUGUCACAUGAUACUAAGGAGCUUCGGCUGAAAGACUUUGAUCAUUUACAAAGCAGAGAUUGGUUGCCAAUUAUAUCAACUUUGGAAUACAAUUCUUGGUUUACUGGAAUUAAUGCCAAUAAUGUUAGACUUACAAAUGACGUUGCCACAGAAGUUGUUAAAGUUAUGAAAAAGAAUUCAGUUUUGGAAGAACUGAGUGUCAGCAACACUGGGAUAAAAUCAGAUUUGGUUCAAAAGUUGUCUGUUGCCUUGCUCUCCAACAGCGGAACCCAGCUGGCCAAAGUUGACCUUUCUUGCAAUGUCCUGGAUGAUCGAGGUGUGAUUCAUUUCCUUGGUUCUUUGAGUAAAUUGAGCCGUGGAUUGACUGAUCUUGAUUUAUCAAAGACUGGUCUCACUGGCAAAGGCAUCAACAAAUUAGCAGAGACCAUGUGUGGCAGCAGCGUAAUAAGAAAUUCUUUGAAAACGCUCAAAAUUAGUGACAAUCCAGUGAAAGGAGAUGAUGUCACAAAUUUGUACAGGUUUUUAUCUUUGCCAAAUGUAUUGACACACUUGGACUUUUCUGGUUUGGAGAUUCCUUUGGAAGUGCUGUCAGCUGCACUGCUGCGUGGGUGUACUCAACACAUGACCCACCUUAAUCUGUCCAGGAAUCCUUUCACACUGAAGAAACUUAAGGACGUGACCAUUCCACAAUCCUGGAAGCAGUUAUUCUCCAGCUUCUACCAGUUGUCUCACUUGGAUAUUUCACACUGCAAAUUGCCCAUGGAGAGUGUCAAAGAACUUCUCCUUGGCAUCUCAAGUAAUAUGAACAUAAACAGUUUGCACCUUGAUUUAAGUAGCAAUGAACUUUACAGCAGUUCUUCUGAUGAAAUUGACACGAUCAUCGCUCACAUGUCUAAUUUAACAAGUCUUGACAUCAGCAAUAACCGGUUUGAAUUAAGUCUUGAACAUUUCUUGAAAUCAGUCAGCCAGAACAAAACUCUGAAACACUUAGCGAUUGGUCGAAAUUUUUCUGGUAUGAAAGUCAAACAUAUACCUCGUGUCUUGGGUGCUGUUGUUCAUCUCUUACAGGAAGAAAACAGUGCAAUAGAAUCUUUGUCUCUGGCUGAUUCCAAAUUGAAAGGAGAAACAACGCUUGUAAUUAACGCCUUGGGUAGCAACAAAACUCUUACAGAACUUGAUAUAAGUGGGAAUUCCAUGGAGGAUGUAGGAGCUCGAAUGCUAGCCAAAGCCUUACAAAUCAACAACAAACUCCAGACAAUAAUUUGGGAUAAGAAUGGAACCACAGCCCAAGGGUUUCAAGACAUUGCAGAUGCUCUUGAACAAGCUGGCAGCCAGUCUCCUGCCUUGAUCAUCCACUAUUGCUGCCACUUGGCACCACCUGUCCCCCUUCUUUGCUGUGCCUGUCACCACCUGUCACCACCUGUCCCCCUUCUUUGCUGUGCCUGUCACCACCUGUCCCUCUUCUUUGCUGUGCCUGUCACCACCUGUCCCUCUUCUUUGCUGUGCCUGUCACCACCUGUCCCUCUUCUUUGCUGUGCCUGUCACCACCUGUCCCUCUUCUUUGCUGUCCCUGUCACCACUCUGUCCCUCUUUCUUUUGUGCCUGUCACCACCUUUGUCCCUCUUCUUUGCUGUGCCCUGUCACCACCUGUCCCUCUUCUUUUCUUUCACUGUUUGUCACUCCCUGUCCCUCUUCUUUGCACUGCCUGUCACCACCUGUCCCCUCUUUCUUUGCUGUCCCUGUCACCACCUGUCCCUCUUCUUUGCUGUCCCUGUCACCACCUCUUCUUUCACUGUUUGCCACUCCCUCUCACCUCUUCUUUCACUGUUUGCCACUCCCUCUCACCUCUUCUUUCACUGUUUGCCACUCCCUCUCACCUCUUCUUUACUAUUGCCCUCCCGCUGCCUUCUUUCCCUCAUCUCUACUUCUUUCCCUCUUUGCGCUGCCUGUCCUCAUCUUUACUGUUUGCCUCCCUGUCCCUCUUCUUUUCUCUCUUUAUUCCCUCUCGCUGCCUGUCCCUCUUCUUCUCUUAGAAAACAAUGA